UUGAAGCUCAAGAAUAAUUACCUGCCGAAGCACUGAAAUCUCUGCUCGCUUUUCCAAGUUUUUCUUAGUUUCCAAAGCUGGAGAAUCCCAGAAAGGAGAGCAGACCUGUAAGGAAUUAGAAUUCCCACGCAAUUUUCCCUUCUGGGGAAGGCCAGUAACCAUGAAUGCAAGUGAAUUCCGAAAACGAGGGAAAGAGAUGGUGGACUAUGUGGCAGAUUACAUGGAAGGCAUCGAGAGACGCCAGGUCUACCCCAAUGUGGAGCCCGGCUACCUGCGCCCCCUGAUCCCAGCAGCUGCCCCCCAGGAGCCAGAAACCUUUGAGGACAUCAUUAACGACGUUGAGAAGAUUAUCAUGCCAGGGGUGACCCACUGGCACAGCCCCUACUUCUUCGCCUACUUCCCCACGGCCAGCUCCUACCCAGCCAUGCUCGCGGACAUGCUGUGUGGGGCCAUCGGCUGCGUUGGCUUCUCCUGGGUUGCGAGUCCAGCAUGUACAGAGCUGGAGACGGUGAUGAUGGACUGGCUCGGGAAGAUGCUGCAACUGCCAGAGGCAUUUUUGGCUGGGAAAGCUGGAGAAGGGGGUGGAGUGAUCCAGGGCAGUGCCAGUGAAGCUACCCUAAUGGCCCUCCUGGCUGCUCGCACCAAAGUGACACGUCGGCUGCAGGCAGCCUCCCCAGAGCUGAGCUCAGCUGCCAUUGUGGAGAAGCUGGUGGCCUACUCAUCAGACCAAGCACACUCCUCGGUGGAAAGAGCCGGAUUAAUUGGUGGAGUGAAUUUGAAAGCAAUCCCUUCAGAUGACAAGUUUGCCAUGAGUGCUUCUGCCUUGCAGGAGGCCCUGGAUAGAGACAAGGCUGCUGGCCUGAUUCCAUUCUUUAUGGUUGCUACACUGGGGACCACGUCUUGCUGUUCAUUUGACAAUCUCUUAGAAGUGGGUCCUAUCUGUAACAAGGAGAACAUGUGGCUACACAUCGACGCUGCCUACGCCGGCAGUGCUUUCAUCUGCCCUGAAUUCCGACACCUCCUGAAUGGAGUAGAGUUUGCAGAUUCAUUUAAUUUUAACCCCCACAAAUGGCUUUUGGUGAAUUUUGACUGUUCUGCCAUGUGGGUGAAAAAGAGAACAGACUUAACUGGAGCCUUUAAACUGGACCCUCUUUACCUAAAGCACAGCCAUCAGGAUUCAGGACUUAUCACUGACUACAGGCACUGGCAGAUACCACUGGGUCGAAGAUUUCGCUCCUUGAAAAUGUGGUUUGUUUUUAGGAUGUACGGGGUCAAAGGACUACAGGCUUAUAUCCGCAAGCAUGUCCAGCUCUCUCACGAGUUUGAGGCUUUGGUACGCCAGGAUCCCUGCUUUGAAAUCUGUGCGGAAGUCACUCUGGGACUGGUCUGUUUUCGGCUAAAGGGUUCCAACAAAUUGAACGAAGCACUUCUUGAAAGGAUAAACAAUGCCAAAAAAAUCCACUUGGUUCCAUGUCACCUCAGAGACAAAUUUGUGCUGCGUUUUGCCAUCUGCUCACGCACCGUGGAGUCGGCCCAUGUCCAGCACGCCUGGAAGCACAUCAAAGAGCUGGCAGCUGACUUGCUGAGGGCAGAGAAGGUGUAAGAGCAGAGCCAGCUGCAGAGACCAAAGUUGAAAAGAAAUAUAUCUUAAAACUUGAAUGAGAAGAAAAAUAUCAUCUUGGCUACGUGGAAGCAUGUCUAUAUAUAGCCAUGCAUUUCUUUCUCCAAAGUUAUCCAGAAGCUUGUGAUUACAUUUGUUAAGUCUCUCAUCACCACAGAAAUAUUAUUUACUACAUGAAAAAGUUAAUACCAACAGAUUCAGCUUUUAUUCAUUAUUUGGCUGUGACUUUGGUUGAUUAAAAAAAAAAAUCACAGAUUUUCAUGCUCUUGAAGUUAUCAGUGGUGGUGGGGAAAACAGUUUAUAAAAAUACUUUACUGAGCAAUUAUGAUUAUGUAACUCGAGAUUACACCUCUGGUCUUUAAAAAUGUCUUACAUUGUGUGGCUAAAUGAUUAAUAAACCAUUUCAUGUGCAAUGAUAA